AUGGUAACUGCUGUUAAAAACCUAGCGAAUGGAAGAAGUCGUUUGCGUAUGUCCUCAUGGAUUGGAAUGAUACAACUCAUGAUAAGGGACACUAUUCGCUGGAAUCGGGGUCUCAGUUUCGAUACUUUCCUCUUCAAAACCUCAUUCAAUUUCUUCAAGGGAAUCGUUGAUCGCAGAGUAAACACUACGGUGGCCAUAUGUGAUCUUUCCGUAUCCAGUUCUUGGUGGAUUUGA